AGGCGGGGGCGGGCAGAGGCUUAAAUAAGAGGCUUCGGAACCAGCCAAGCUGAAACGGCGGCGGCCGCAGGGGCGGGUGGAGUGCUUGUGUGUGUCCGAUCCCGGGUGUGCGAGGGGGUUGUAUUGGAGCCCGGAUCCCAGUCCUGACUGUGUCUGUGAGCGCGUGGACGGCGUCGGACGCGAUGACCCUGAACGGCGGCGGCGGCGGCGGCGGCGCGGGCGGGAGCCGCGGCGGGGGCCGAGAGCGCGAGCGCCGUCGGGGCAGCACGCCCUGGGGCCCGGCGCCGCCGCUGCAUCGCCGGAGCAUGCCGGUGGACGAGCGCGACCUGCAGGCGGCGCUGGCUCCCGGCGCCCUGGCGGCCACUGCGGCCGGGGCGGCGACCCAGGGUCCGAGGCUGGACUGGCCCGAGGGCUCCUCCGACUCGCUCAGCUCGGGGGGCAGCAGCUCGGACGACAGCGUGUACAAGGUGCUUUUGCUGGGGGCGCCUGGCGUGGGCAAGAGCGCUCUGGCGCGCAUCUUCGGCGGAGUGGAGGACGGGCCUGAAGCAGAGGCUGCAGGGCACACGUAUGAUCGCUCCAUCAUGGUGGACGGAGAAGAGGCGUCACUCAUGGUCUACGACAUUUGGGAGCAGGAUGGGGGCCGCUGGCUGCCCGGCCACUGCAUGGCCAUGGGGGACGCGUAUGUCAUUGUGUACUCCGUGACCGAUAAGGGUAGCUUCGAGAAGGCGUCAGAGCUGCGGGUGCAGCUGCGGCGGGCGCGGCAGACGGACGACGUGCCCAUCAUCCUCGUGGGCAACAAGAGCGACCUGGUGCGCUCUCGCGAGGUCUCCGUGGACGAGGGCAGGGCCUGCGCCGUGGUCUUCGACUGCAAGUUCAUCGAGACGUCGGCCGCUCUGCACCACAACGUCCAGGCCCUGUUCGAGGGCAUCGUGCGUCAGAUCCGGCUGCGCAGAGACAGCAAGGAGGCCAACGCCCGGCGGCAGGCAGGUGCCCGGCGGCGGGAGAGCCUCGGCAAGAAGGCCAAGCGCUUCCUGGGCCGCAUCGUGGCGCGCAACAGCCGCAAGAUGGCCUUCCGCGCCAAGUCCAAGUCCUGCCACGACCUGUCGGUUCUCUAGGCCCCAUGGGCUGUCACCGCGGCGGGCGGAUGGAUGGACGAGUUGUGGUGGGCUGGCCCAGCCGGCUGCCCUAAGUGCCUCAGGACUGGCUCAGAUUCUAGGACCCUCGGAGCUGCCAGCAGGCCAUCCCUCACCUCAUGUCAUGGACAGACAGACGGACAGUGCUACCCCGGGGAGGCAGCUCCCAGUGGCUGGUGAGGGCUGGGCCCGCGGAGAUGCACGUGCAGGCCCACGUGCAGCCCGAGCCGCAGCCUGCCCAGCCGCAGGGCCGGCCUGUGUGUGGGGAGAGGCCUCGGCCUUUUUCUCACCGUGGCGGGAGCUGUUGGGUGUGCUGGCUAUUUGUUUACAUGAGAUUUUUUUUUGUAAUAAAGAUUAUUUCCUGAUA